AUGAAUAAAUUAAAAUCAUCACAGAGAGAAAUAGUUAAGAAGUUCUUAAUGUUUACACAAACGAGUGAAAGCACUGCCAUAUAUUGCCUCUCACAGAAUGAUUGGAAAUUGGAUCUGGCGAGUGACAACUAUUUUCAGAACCCAGAUGCCUAUUACAAAGGUUCCGUCAAAGCAUCGGUAGAUAGAAAAAAAGUAGAGCAGUUAUUUAACAAAUAUCGUGAUCAGCAAGAGAACGAUAAAAUCACAGUGGAUGGUGUUAUGAAAUUUCUAGAAGAUCUUAAUUUAAGCCCUGAAUCUAUAUUAGUUCUUAUAAUAGCAUGGAAAUGCAAAGCUGCUGUUCAAUGCGAGUUCACUAAGGAAGAAUUCAUGACGGGGCUCAUAGAGCUGGGAGUGGACAGCAUAAACAAAUUAAAGACUAAAUUACCAACAUUAGAAGUAGAAAUAAAAGAUCCAAAUAAAUUUAAGGAUUUCUAUCAAUUUACAUUCAAUUACGCCAAAAAUCCAGGCCAGAAGGGUUUAGAACUCGACAUGGCUAUAGCAUAUUGGAACAUUGUGCUCCGCGGAAGAUUCAAAUUUCUAGAUGCGUGGUGUAAAUUCUUAACGGAUAACCACAAACGCUCAAUCCCCAAAGACACAUGGAACCUUCUUUUAGAUUUUGCCACACAGAUUGAUGAUGGUAUGAGCAAUUACGAUGCCGAGGGAGCCUGGCCAGUUCUCAUUGACGAUUUUGUAGAGUGGUGCCAGAAACAAGAGCUGACGGCCGAUGGGGUCAAGUCUUUAGAGCCGGCGUCCGGCUAG